CACAUUCCACAAAGUAUAAAAUUUUACUCUGCCAAAUGCUUACAACUGUCAACUGAACAACAAGAAAUGGCUCCAAAGAAGGAGGAGACCUCACAGUCACCCCCAUCUGUUUCAGAUGGCAUGUUUUCUGGCAUGUUUGUAUUCUUAGUUGAUUCUGGAGUUCAACCUCGCAGACUGCAGAUAUGGAAGCAGAGGUUGGAACAAAUGGGGGCUAAAAUUGAAGACUAUUUCUCUAAGAGAGUUACUCAUAUUUUUGCCAUGAAUUGGAAUGCCCUCAAACAGAAAAUUGAUUCUGAUCGUUUGUCAAAUUUCAAAGGAAUUAUUUUAGUGUACCAGUGGUUGGAAGAUAGUUUGAGAUUAGGGGAAAAGGCGUCACAGGAUAUCUACAUUCUGAAAGAUGAAGCUAGUGGAGAAGCUUGCCAUCAGUCCUCUGGGGACGUCUCUAGUCAUGGAAAUGGAUACUCUUCAGGCAAUGAAGAGCUUCCGCAUCACAAGAAGCAGAAAAUUUCUUCUCCUGAAAAGCCAAAAGAUCCAACCUUGUCUUUGCCUGUAGAUUCUAGACAUUCAAGUGCUGAGAGUAAGGGAACUGCAACAAGUGAUGAACUACACGAAGAGUCACUGACAUCAAGGAACUAUGAUUUGUCGUCUAGCUACUUGGAAUCACAGACUGCUAAUUUCAAUGUUGCUGAAAAUCCAGAUAAAGUAGUCAAUAUAAAUCCUUUUGUAAUUGAUCUGAAGUUAUUCGGUUUCUUUGUUAGCACAUAUAACCCACCUGAUUUAAACAAGAAUAUCACUGAUAUCUUCAAGAAGCUCAUUGACAUAUAUAGGGCUCUUGGUGAAGAUCGGAGGUCAUUUAGCUACUAUAAGGCCAUUCCUGUGAUUGAGAAGCUGCCUUUUAAAAUUGAGAAUGCUGAGCAGGUCAAGCACUUACCUGGGAUUGGAAAGUCACUGUGUGAUCAUAUACAGGAGAUAGUGUCAACUGGAAAAAUGUCAAAGCUGGAGCAUUUUGAGAACGAUGAAAGGGUGAAAACAAUCUCUUUGUUCGGGGAAGUUUGGGGUGUUGGUCCUGCCACUGCUCUAAAACUUUAUGAUAAAGGACAUCGUACUUUGGAAGAUUUGAAAAACGACGCUUCUUUGACUAAUGCUCAGAAGUUAGGUUUACAAUAUUUUGAUGAUAUCAAGACAAGAAUUCCGCGGCAUGAGGUCACAGAAAUGGAGAAAUUGCUGCAGAAGGUUGGAGAAGAAGUUCUGCCAGGAGUUGUCAUUGUGUGCGGCGGGUCAUAUAGACGUGGAAAAUCAUCAUGUGGAGAUAUGGACAUUGUAAUUACCCAUCCUGAUGGGCAGAGUCACAAAGGUUUUCUUGCGAAGUUUGUUAAGCGUUUGAAGGAUAUGAAUUUUCUGAGGGAGGAUUUGGUCUUCAGUACGCACAGCGAGGAGGGUACUGAUCAUGGAGUGGACACGUAUUUUGGUUUGUGUACCUAUCCUGGCCGAGAGCUACGCCAUCGCAUAGAUUUGAAGGUUUAUCCAAAAAAUAUAUACCCAUUUGGGCUGAUUGCGUGGACUGGCAAUGAUACACUGAAUAGAAGACUGAGAUUACUGGCAGAAUCAAAAGGUUAUCGGCUUGAUGAUACAGGGUUGUUUCUGUCCACUCCAGGCUCAGGCGGAAAACGUGGUUCACGAGGGACUGCAAGUUUGCACUUCGAUACAGAAAAGCAAGUGUUUGAUUUUCUAGAAUUUCAGUGGCUCGAACCACACGAAAGAAACCUUUGAUGUCUAAUGUGUGCAAGUGUGUUGUACAUGUGCAAGGUGUAGCCCUGGUGAAAUUUUGCUGGUAGGAAUGUGUAUACGUCUGUCUGUAGUCUGUAUCCGAUCGAAAAUGUGUAGGAAAUAUUCACUCUGAUACUUUGAAGUUAGCAGAAACAUGUUUAUGGGUUUCUAUUCAGCUUAGUUUUCCAUCCAGAGUUGAAGAUAUUGCUCAAGCAUAUCAACAACUGAAAAUUUGUUUCACUCGGGCUGGUGGUGAAUCCAGGAUAAUAUUAUAAGGUAGACUAAGAAUUUAGGUAUAAUGAGUUGAGGUCAUAUUCAAAAAAAAAAUUAGCAAAUUCAUUAGAGCGGAUAAAAAUGAAAAAUAGAGCAAAUUGAGUGGAACAGAGGUGUAAUUUUUAUUUAUUAAGGCUAUCUAUUGUAAUUCAAAUUCACAACUAAGUCAAAAUAAGAUUAAGAUUUGAAAGGAUGCGCGAUGCAAAUUAUCCAAAUACUAAAAAAAUAACAACAAAAUAUAUCUUAAAAUAAUUUUUAUGAUUGAAGUUUUAAAAUAAAAUAAUUCUCAUGUUUAUGGUGGAUGGUUUUAUUUUUAGAAUGAGCUUACAGUUUUUUAUUUUUUCUCUUUCUCGUAAUCAAGUGUCGGGUAUGUUAUUUUAGAGUGUGUUCUUACUGAAUUCUAAUAAAAUUUUUAUUUUUGUAUUGCAUAUUAGUUGGUUAAUUGUUUUCUAUAUAUACAAGAUGUAUUUAUUCUAAAUUUUAAGUUUUGUUUUGACUAAAGAAUGACUCGGACAGAGACAAACGCUCAUCAAACUCAACUAUGCAUACUCCACCCGACGGAUCUCCUUUUGAAAUUAGGAGUCUAAUUGAAGGAAAUAACCAGAAAAGUAAUAUCACAUUACUUCUGGCAAGAUAUUGGAGGGUCACCAAAGAAUACUUGAAGAGGGUCAGAGAAUUAAAAUUUUGAUGAUAAUAAAUAAAGUGUACAAUGAAAAUUGGGUCUUUAGUAUGAAAAAGUUGUCCAGAUAACUUGAAGGUGAAGUUUGACACCUACUAUCUACUAUCUUAAAGGUAAAGUAGAUCUUUGGUGGAAGAUACGAGUAGUGAAGAGUGUUAGAGAUUAGCCUGGUUUUGAUUGGGACAACCUGCAAGCUUUGAGGAGGAGAAAUUUUAUCCCGUCGAAAGAAAGAGAAUUCUCUGGAUCUUCGACUAGGUGAUAAUAUGACUAUUCAAGAAUAUCUUCACUAAAUUUAAUGAGCUUGCUCGAAAUUAAACCGACAGACUCUAUGAGGAAGGAAAGGUUCGAGGAGGGUCUGAUCUUUAAGAUUCAAGACAAAGUGUCACUUUUGAUGAGUGUUAUGAAUUGGCAUCUCAGGUUGCAUGGGUGCAAAAGAGAAAGAGAUGAGGUGGUGGGAAGUAAAAGGCGAGUUGAUCAGCAUGGUCAGCAACAAAGCAAAAGUGGUUUCAAGAUGCUUAAUUUUGGUGGCACACACUAUAAUCAGGGGUGGAAAUGGAAUGAAACAACAAGCUUCACAUGGUUUAUUGGUGUGUAGCAAACAAGGGCACACGACUCAGUAGUCAGUAUAGCACCCACACUCUAUCCCCCGCCACCUAGUUCAAACUUUGUAGCAUACUGUAAUUAAUGUUAUUUUUCACUUCCUCUGUCCCAU